AUGUCUAAAGUAAAUACAUUGUAUAAUUACUUUACGUCACCAAAAACUCCGAAACAAUCGAACAAUAAAUCGGUACCGGCUGAAAAACCUUCAACACCGAAACGAAGAAGAGAACAAAAGGACAAAGACAAAACUCCAAGCAAAGGAAAAGAGAAUAAGAAUGCUGAAGACAGAAAAAGAGUUUACAAAGAUGAUGAAGAAGAAGACCAGGCAAAGGAGAUUGAAUUAACACAACCAAAGAAACGAAGAUUAAUUAUUCCUGAGGUUGAUUCUGGAGAAGAUUCUGGGGAUGAGUUUAAACCUGAGCAUGAAUCAGAAGAGUCUGAUACUGGAUCUGAAGGAGACCCUGAAAGUGAACUAGAGAGUGCAAGUGAAGAAGAAACACCAGAGAAAAAAAAGAAACCUAUUCCUACUGAGAAGAAGCAUCAAGGAGGAAGAACAAAAAGAAAUCCUAAAGAAAAUAAGAAGGAAUCAACACUACCUCAACAAAAUCAAAUACAAAGCUCAAAUAACACUGUGGAAUCUUGGCGACAUUUAAAAUAUGAUUUCCUGCAACCAAAUAAAAUAAGAGAUAUCAAUAGAAAACCAUCAAAUGAUCCAGAUUAUGAUCCUAGAACUGUUUAUGUUCCCUUAGACUUUUUAAAUCAACAGACUCCAGCAAUGAGACAGUGGUGGGAAUUGAAAAGCAAACAUUUCGAUUGCGUUCUUUUCUUCAAAGUAGGAAAGUUUUAUGAAUUGUAUCAUAUGGAUGCUGUUAUCGGCGUCAAUGAGCUUAAUCUUACCUAUAUGAGAGGUGAAUUUGCGCAUUCUGGGUUUCCUGAAAUCGGGUAUGGUCGUUUCUCGUCGAGUCUUAUAGAGAAAGGAUAUAAAGUAGCUAGAGUAGAACAAACCGAGAACCCAGAAAUGAUGGCACAACGUUGCAGUAAAAUGAGUAAAUUAACAAAAUUUGACAAGGUCGUUAAAAGAGAAAUUUGUCAAAUAAGUACCAGGGGUACAAGAGUAUACACUGCAUUGGACGUAGAAGCAUCGACACCGAAUUCCAAUUAUUUGUUAUCACUUGUUGAAAAAUGCCCCUCUGGUUCAGGUAUAUCUCAUUAUGGAGUGUGCUUUUUGGAUACUACAAUAGGAGACUUCUAUCUUGGACAAUUUGAAGAUGAUCGUUGCGGCUCUAAACUAUUGACUUUAUUUGCUCAUCAUCCACCUGUCCAUGUUGUCUAUGAGCGUGGAAAUUUGUCUCAAAAAACAUUGCAAAUUUUAAAUAAUACUUUAGCGACAUGCAUCAAAGAACCGCUUCUUCGCGAAUCUCAGUUUUGGUCAUCUUCAACUACGUUAAAAAAUCUUCACGAGGGAGAAUAUUUCAAGAAAGGAGAUGCAGAAUUUUCAUGGCCUGAAGGUUUAAAACCGUAUCUUAAUGAGGGAGACAGUUUAGGUUUAACUCCAGCUGAUGAUAAAGAGUUAGCAAUACACGCUCUAGGAGGAUGCAUAUAUUUACUUAAAGACUAUUUUCUUGAGCAACAGUUACUUGCGCAAGGACGUUUCAAAUCAUAUACUCCACCAGAUUUCUCGAAAAGUGUAACUUCUACAGGUUCGAAGUUCGCGAAUAAUAUGAUUCUAGAUGCAGUCACUAUUAACAACUUGAGAAUUUUUGGUGAAGGAUCUUUAAUGAAAACGCUGGAUCGUUGUUGCACUUCUUUUGGAAAAAGAUUGUUGCGUGAAUGGAUCUGUAGACCAUCCUGCCGCAAAAAUGUUAUACUUCAGCGUCAAGAAGCUAUACAAGAAUUAAUGGACCGUACAGAUGUGGUACAAAAUGCCCGUAGUAUAUUAGCUAGUCUCCCUGACCUUGAAAGAUUGUUAAGCAAGAUACAUGCUCAAGGAAAUCUAGCACGAAUGAAUAACCAUCCUGAUGGCAGAGCAAUUAUGUUCGAAGGUCAAACGUAUUCGAAGAGGAAAAUUCUGGGUUUCACUACUACUCUUAGUAGUUUCGAGGAUGUAUUAAAAGUCGUUGCUUUAUUUGAAGAUUUCAACAGUGAAUUAAUAAAACAGUGCACUAAAACAGAACCGGAUGGUGAAUUUCCUUCAUUAAGAGAUUCGUUGGAUUAUUUCAAGACUGCGUUCGAUCAUGAAGAGGCCAAAAAAGUAGGUUGUAUUAUACCAAAGAAAGGAGUCGAUGACGAAUAUGAUUCCGUUUUAAUGGAAUUAGCAGAAAUAAAGAAAGACGCGGAACAAUAUCUGGAAAUGCAAAGACGGCAUUUUGGUGUGAAAGUUACAUUCCACGGAAGUGAUAAGAAACGUUAUCAAAUCGAGAUUCCAGAUUCGCAAGUGAAGAAAGUUGGUUCAGGAUAUGAACUUCAGUCACAGAGAAAAGGAUUCAAGCGUUAUUAUACUGCUGAGGCCAAGGAACUUUUGAGCCGACAGAUAAACGCCGAAGAACACAAGGACAAAGUAUUAAAAGAUCUAAACAGAAGAAUAUUUGCACAAUUUAGUGAGAAAUAUGAUAUGUGGAACAUGGCUGUUUAUAAACUAGCAGUGUUGGACGUAUUGAUUUCUUUGUCAGAAUAUGCUCUUAGUGGAGAUAUGUGUGUACCAGAAAUUAGCGAUGAUACAGAUGAAGAGAUAUUCAUUGAUAUCCGAGAGGGACGACAUCCAUGCAUUGUCUCUGACACCUUCAUACCAAACGAUAUUUUAUUAGGAACGGGAGAUCAUGCUUUAUUUAUGAUCCUAACUGGACCAAAUAUGGGUGGUAAAUCAACAUUGAUGCGUCAGGCUGCACUUCUUACCAUAAUGGCACAAAUUGGAAGUUACGUCCCUGCAGCUUCUUGUCGUUUAACGCUGGUAGAUCGUAUUUUCACAAGAUUGGGAGCAAAUGACGAUAUUCUGGCUGGUCAGAGUACAUUCUUAGUAGAGUUAACCGAAACUGCCGCGAUAUUGCAGCACGCUACACCAUAUUCCUUAGUUUUACUCGACGAAUUGGGUCGUGGUACGUCGACGUACGAUGGAACAGCAAUAGCUGCCUCGGUUGUAGAUGCCCUUACAAAAUUGAAAUGUCGUACAUUAUUCUCAACGCAUUAUCAUUCUUUAGUAGAAGACUAUGAAGAUAAUAAGGACAUUACAUUGGCUCAUAUGGCAUGUAUGGUAGAAAACGAGGAAGAGGAUAAAGUAACUCAGGAAACGGUAACAUUCUUAUAUAAACUGAGCGAAGGAGCUUGUCCAAAGUCGUACGGUUUCAAUGCAGCUCGAUUAGCUGGAGUUCCGGUUGUUAUUACAAAUAGAGGACAUGAAAUAUCAAAGAAACUCGAACGGGAAACAAGUCAGAAACAAUUGUUCGCAGCUUUAUGCAAGGCAAAAGGGUCAACGAUAAAGGAGCUCAUUGCUGCAAUAUGAAAUCGCGGGAAUCAUGAAAUAUUCGGUGUUUCAGAUUAGCGGCAAUUGUAACAAGGGCCAUGUUAAGUUUAUAUUUACAAGCGUAUUACAGUAUUACCUGUUUUCUUUUUUAUAUAACGAUAAACUAUUUAUUAUGUUCCGUUGUAGCUUUCGAUUAUUAUUGAUUAUUAUUAUACAUAUAUUUUCAUAAUAAAAUUAACUACAACCUCUGUAA